AUGUUUUACCGUUUUUUAAAUGGACGAAUUGGGCUUCGUUUGCGAGUUGCAGUCGUAGCAGGGCUCCGCAAAAGAAUUUUGCUUAACCAAAUUCCGCAAAGAUACAACAGAGGCUGUUUAUAUUCUACUUCAGCUGAACCUGCAAGGCAAACAGAAACAACCGAAGACGAAGAUGAACCGAAAUCGUGGAGAGAGAACCCACAUUUGAAGUAUUGGAUUCUUGGUACUCUUGGUAUAUCUGGGACAAUUUAUUACUACGUUCGCAAGAAUCACGAAACGAAACGAGUGAUAGUCAAGUCUUUCCCCCCUGUCCCUACUCACUAUGCACAUCCACGUGAAAGAGAGCUAUCAGAUCUUUUAUCUCUCCAUAAUCAACUCAAAAAAGGCGGAACACCGACUGUUUUACAUAUUGUUGGCAGCCCAGGCUCUGGUAAAACCCAGCUAGCUCGGUUAUUUGCAGAGAAACUUUUCAAAGAUGAAGAGAAGAGCUUUCACUUUCUUCCAGGAAACCUUUUGUAUGGAACAGUUAAUUCUUCGUCUCUAGAUAGCUUUCUUUUUGACAUUAAAAGAUUUGCAAUUUCUGUUGGCUGCCUUGAGAGUGACUGGGCUUCAAAAGCAGGAGAAGGGGUGCAGUUCAAUAGUUUAUCCAAAAUUAAGCAGUUAGAUUGCUUUGUAGAAGCAGUAAGAGAAAAACUUCACAAUAGCCAAGCAUGGAUCCUCAUUUUGGAGAAUUUAAAGGACACUGAUAUUUUGAAUCAAUGGUUUUCUAGUGAUUCAAGAAAAAGUUGGGGAAAGGGAACUAUCCUUGUUACUAGGGAAAUGAAUGCCGCAAGAGAUUCCUUGGUUAACAAUACCUGCAGUACUGAUGAAGGGUAAGUAAAAAGACUAUGGUACUAGUAAUAAUAUCCUUCCACAAGACACAACCUUACAGAACUGUAUCACCCUUAGUGAUGUCAGUAUAUUGAUAUUAUGGGAGAAGGCUAAGUAUAACACUCUCUGAGAUCUGCAUAAUUCUUCAGAUUAUACAAAAGCCAAAUCCAAUAAUAUCUAUUAUUCAUUCAAAAUCAUUCUUACUGUAAAAACAAGCUAAAACAUGCUUACUUCGAUCUAUGUUAAGUGUCCAUCAUCAUUUGCAUGUUUCUCGGCAAGUUCAGGUCAUAAAAGGAUGUUUAGUUUAGCCCAUACUUUUCAAAUAGCAUGCUUCAUCUGUCAUGUCAUCUGGUACCGUUUAAAGGCAAUGGGAUGUGCAAAUUUCAUAUCUUCUUAGAAUAAUACCAACAAGUUACUGUUUAUGUCAACUUGUUAGAUUACAUUCUAUUCAAACCUCACAGUUUUUUUUAAAUUUUGGUUUCUUUUAGAAUGGGUGCUGAUGAUGGAGUGAUACUUCUAUCUAAGUUAAGUGGGUUUGAUGAAGAGAAAAUGACAGCGGGAACAGAUGUUGUUAAACUACUGAAUGGUAACCCUCUAGCUCUUACAAGUGCUGGCCAUUACAUGCAAUCAAAAGCUGCUAGAAACCCUGAUUAUUCCUGUGCAGACUUUCUAAACGAGGUACAACACAAUUUGCAGAAGUUUGGAAGUGCAAAGUCUAAUUCGGAGUUGGACGUCUUGCAUGUAGUCAUUGCCAUGGAAACCAAAAAUCUUGUCCAAGAAAAUCCCCAUCUUCUCCACACUUUUGACUUUCUUGGCACAUGCAACCCUGAUUGGCCAGUUCCAUUGACACUAAUUGCACUGCAUUUAAGGACACCUGAUUUUAGCCUUCCUCCAGUGACUGGAAGUGGACCUGUACUGCCAAGCCAACAGCAGUCCAGCGAUGCUGAAAAGGAAGACAGUACAGGAGAAGCAGAAGAGAUGUUUUUGUCCAUCAAGAGGCUUGCUAAGAAUUUAGAGUCCUUUAUGACUGCAGUGAAAAAUAAUAUAGAGGCUAUCAAGGCAAUGCUCAAUCCUGAGCUUCCAGAUAUGCCUCAGAUGUCUGAUGGGGUGGUCGAGAUGUUAAAGGCAUGUCCAUUGGUGUCUGUGGUGAAAAUAGAAAACAUGGGUAAGGUUAAGAAUACCCAUUUAAAAAAAUAUGUUAGUGUAAAUUCCAUAUAGACUGGAGGAUAGCUUUUUUGUAUUGCUUCUGGUUGCUGGAAAACGUCUUGCAUAAGGGAUAACAGUGUACUAUAUUGGCAAACCUUUUCAUGCCACUUUUCUUUUGGGUGCUUAUGUUUUCAGUUUCUCAAAGAAAAACUAUGGACCAUAUAAAUCACUUUAGGUUUAGGGUAACAUUCACAAGACUAUAUUGUGACUAUGCAAGAUUCUCAGACUCCCUAAACAGAUAAGGCCUCUUGGCGAGUACCUGUUCAUUUGAGACUUGGACGCACCGGUCAGCUAUUAGCCAUUUUUUCCCUGUCCUGAGGAACAGUUCCAGAAAUCUCUGUUUAAGUUAACUUCGCCUGAGUAUUUUCCCUCUUUUCUUCUAAAGUAGAGAAUUAGCCAUCAAUUUCUCAUUUGAAGGUAAAAGUACUGUGGAAUACAGAUGCAGAUGCAAUCAAAGCCAAGAGGAAUAAGUGACAUAAAGAUAAAAGAAAAGUAAUAUUGCCAUAAUUUUGAAAUAAGGUAUAUUUGCCUUCACGUAGCAUGGGGCGGGGAGCACUGCGUGACUCUGGCCCAGAGCAGCUGCUAAGGAGACUAGUCUCAGCCCUCAGACUAUUCGUUAAGUUUCUAAACAGUGACUUUGUUGGUAUUUUCUAGGUGUGGAGACAGUGGUCAUUAGUCCUCUGGUGCAUUCAGUCUUUCAGCAACUCUUCUUGUCCAGGACAAUGUACCUUCUUGAAGCUAAAUACCUGAAACAAGCAGAAGACAAGCAUAACUCAAGCUCGUGGUUUCGCCGCUUGUGGAGUUUUGACGCCCAGAGGACCCUCCAAGAAUACCGCAAUUCCCUCGGAGAAGUGUCACGCAAUCUGCCUGUCACCCAACCAGACGUCGCCCCUGAUCAAGCAGCCCUCUCACCCUUCUCAGGGCCAGAUGUCAGCCAGUUGCUGGCAGAUAAUGAGGUGGAAGAAAAAGAAGAAUUCAGAAAAAUUAAGCCUCAAGACGCAGUUCGGCACUGUCAACAACACACAGUGCGUAUUCUGAAAACAGUCAAUGGCGUAGCUUCUGUAUGUGGGCAGGACAAUCAAACACGCACACUCGCCCGACUCCUCAGGCCUCAUCUUGAUCACAUCUUAGCCGCUGGAACAUCGAAGAGCCUGGGUCCUAGGAGUCGCGCCCAUACAAUUUCGGCUGUAGCAUCGAUAGACGCUUCUUUCGGAAAUCUGGAGUCCAGUCGAGGAUUACUGGAAGAGGUGCUGAGAAUUGAAACAGAGCUGUACGGUGAAUCGAGUCUGGAGGUGGCGUCCACUAUGACGCGCUUAGCUGACAUUUACAGCUCAUUAGACGAUCUAGCGAGGUGUCGAGAGCUUCUAGAAAGGGCACUUCACAUUUACGAAGCUCAACGAAAGAAAUUUGGUGAAUACAAACAGCCGCUUGAUUAUGCCCGCACUCUUUCUGCCUUGGGUGCUACAUACGGGAACUUAGGCUUUAAGGAGAGAAGUCGCGACUACAUUGAACGAGCCUUCUCGUUUAUGCAGUCAGCGGCACCUACCAACCCAGAUGAAGUAGAAACCCGCAGAUUCACGAGCGAUGUCGCCAGCACGCUCACUGAUCUAGGGCAUGCGUACCUUUCUCUGGGCGAAACCAUGCCGGCGCGGCGAUUUCUGGACAUGGCUUUAAACGGACAUAAGACCAUUCAUGGUGAUGAGCACCCGGAGGUUGUGAGAACUCUAACAGUUCUUGGUAUUGCUUACACCAUGCAGGGAAAUUGGCCCGAGGCAAGGAAAAUGAGGAAAGAGGCUGGCAAGCUUCAGGCGAAGCUUGAUGCAAAACCUUCGAUAUAGAAUAAUAAGAAAACAAGGUGAAUUUGCGAGCAAGGGGACAUGGAACAGACUCCGAAAGAAAACUGC